AUGGCACAUCCCAAGCCUAGCCGAUCAACGCUCAACGGCGCAGCGCUUAAUCUGACCCACCCCAAUGCGGGCCGCAGCACGGAGGAUGCUCGGCUCCGCAAGAGAUGGCUCCGCCUGCAAGAGCAGAACGAGCGUGCUUCACGCCGCUCAUUCAAAGUGUAUCGUUGGCGGGUAAACGACCCGGACGCGGCUGAGCAGAGUGCAAAGAGCCACGCAGAGGAGUCCCCAGGCGGACACGACCCGGUUACAGACGAAAAGUCCGGCGUGCCCCCGUCGUUUGACCAACUACUGAGUCUGAUCCACUAUAAUGUGUUCCGGGGCUGCUACAAGAACAAGCUGGUCCUGGGCCGGUCAGCGGUGUCUCUGUUCACGGACCGAGAGCCGAUACAGUUUGACAUCUCGUUUCCUUCCUAUUCGAGGGUCAUUCCGGUCAAACCUGGCAUCCCGGCAUGGCUGAUGCCAAGCCAGUCACAGAUGGAUCUGAUUCAUACAACGUGGAUCAACCUCCUACCUUUCCCAAAGAUGCGCGAUAAUCUGAUCCGCUGGGAAUCGUAUUUCGAUCAUAAAGAGUUUGCAGCCGAUCUGAUGGGCCACGGCCCUGACCCUAUGCUGUUUCCCCAGAAGAAAUGCCUGAAAUUUCAGCCCAAAGUCCAGUCAUAUCUAUUCAUGUCUACGGAGGAGGAUGACCUAACGACAGGUCGCACCGGGAUGAUCCUCUGGGGGGGAGCCGUAUAUCUUAGAGAAUUGGGAGGUUACGCCUGGGUUCCUACGGAAAUGGGCAUGGACAAUGGAGGGCUGUGA